GUGAAGCUUAUGCUGGGCCAACUUAAAAAUGGCAAUAUGGUGGGUAAUACAUUCAGCAGAAAAGCAUGGAACCAUAUGGUUAAGUUCUUCAACAAAAAGUUUGAUGCGCAGUAUGAUAAAAGCUUCUUAAAACACCGUUACGAUAAACUUGGGAAUUACUACUCUGAUAUAAAAAAUCUACUUAAAUUAAAAGAUUUUUCGUGGGAUGAAAAGAAACAAAGGAUUGUUGCUGAUGAUUAUGUUUGGGAUAACUUCAUCAAGGCACACCCACACGUGAGUUUGUAUAGGAACAAGACCUUGCUUAACUAUCGAGACUUGGGAUUGAUAUAUAGAGAUGCUAUGUGCAAUGGACAUUGCAGUUACAUGCUGGAAGGCAGAGAAAAUGAGUAUCACUCUGAUGGAGUUGAUGAGGACACCCAAGACUGUGCAAUAGGUGAUUGGACACCUUGCAUGGACCGUUAUCUCAUCGACCUGAUGCUAGAAGAAGUUCGGAGGGGGAACAAGAUUGAUUAUGUUCUCAACAGUCAAGCGUGGACAGAUAUGGUUGUAUUGUUCAAGGAAAGAUUUGGUGUACAAUUUGAGGAAAACUACCUCAAGCAUCGUUGUAAGGGUAUGGAAAAGUUAUACCACGACUUGAGAAGUCUUCUUGAACAGAGAGGAUUCUCAUGGGAUGAAACACGGCAAAUGAUCACUGCUUAUGAUGGUGUUUGGGAUGCUUAUAUUAUGGAGCAUCCUGAUGCAAAUUCUUACAGAGACCAUCAAAAGCCAAAUUAUAAUGAUCUAUGCUUGAUUUAUGGAAAUUUGGAUACUGAGUUGACGACAUGUAACCUAGCUAAUCAAAAUGUUGGAUACAAUGGUUACUGCGUAAAAUUUCAAAGUUUUCACUGGACAAGUGACUGGACACCACCAAUGGAUCGGUAUUUUAUGGACUUGAUGUUAGAGGAAGUGCGGAAUGGAAGCAUCAUGAUUGAUCAUAAGUUUGACAGAUUAGCCUGGAGAGAUAUGGUGGCCAAAUUUAGUGCAGAAUUUGGGUCCCAGUAUAACAAAUAUGUCUUAAAAAGUCGUUAUUUGAAUUUGAGAAAGAGGUUUGAUGAUAUGAAGAUUCUGCUUAGCCAGAGUGGGUUUGCCUGGGAUGAAAUGCAGCAGAUGAUUACUGGUGAUGAAAGAUUGUGGGAUGUUUAUGUGAAGGCACACCCUCAUUUAAAUGCAUAUCGCAAUAGAACUCUUCCAAAUUUCAAUGAUUUGUUUUUGAUAUAUGGAAAUACAAACCGUGGCAGAAAUCAAAACUAUUCUGGCUGCUCUAGGGUUUCCAAGGAUAAUGAACCGAGUACUGAUGUUUGGGAGUACUACCAUUCACCUGCUAAUGAUGAACCUACGAGUAUAGCUUGGACCGUGGAAAUGAACCAUUAUCUGAUUGGCCUUUUAUUGGAGCAGUUGAAUAGAGGGAAUAAGAUCGGUGAUACAUUCAGUAAGAAAGCUUGGUCCAGGAUGACUGCAUCAUUCAAUAAAGAGUUUGGACUACUAUGUGACAGAGAUGCACUAGAAAAUUGGUAUUUUGGUCUCACGAGAGUCUACAAGGAUGUUACAUAUCUUCUAAAUCAGAAUGGCAUUGUCUUGGAUAAAAUUCAGCACAAAGCAAGGGCAAAUGAUGUUUGGCGGGCUUAUUUUGAGGAUUAUCCAGAGGCCGUUGCUUUUGGAGAGACUAUCCGAGACAAUUAUAGUGGUUUGUGCUUACUUUUUGGGAAUCUAAACCAGAAUAGAAUACCGGGCUGUGCGAGAAUAAAAUUGAACACAAGUAAUAAUAAUUUUGGGGUGGAGACUAACGAAAUCAUGAGAGACCUGCAAUCUUCAGCUAGAGUAUUUAAAAUUUCUGAUGGGAGAAAAAGACGAAAAUCUCAAGCUGCGUUGACUUCCUCAAAUGCUAGAAAAGUUCAAAAAACAUUACUAGGUGAGAUGCAAGAUGAUCUAGAAGAUAAAAUAGACGACUCAAUAGAACGCAUUGUUGCUGCUCUUCAAACUGUACCAGAUUUGGAUGAUGAGCUCUUCUUGGAGGCUUGUUUACUUCUAGAAGACGAAAGGAAGGCUGGGAUGUUUGUGGCAAUGGAUUCAACCGCAAGAAGAAAGUGGUUGCUUAAAAAGCUUCACCAGUAACACCAAUUUGAUUGAUGAUGGAUGCAGACGCCUAUGGAGUCAGAGUUUUGUAUGGAUAGUUUGGUAAAUAGAAUUUGAUCUUGGUGUAAAGCCAAGUUUUUAUGGGAAAUUCCCUCUACAAUUUACGAAUUACUAAUUGAAAUGAUAAAAUAAGAUUAGACAUGAUGGAAGUGAAGUAGCACAUUAUUUCUUAGUUUAAUUAA